AUGUGGGAAAAGUUUGUUAGUGCAGGAGCCUUAACCUACACCAGCGUGUACACACUGGAGAGAAGCCUUAUAGCUGUGAUCAGUGGUGGAAAGAGCUUUGCUAGUCAGCACCUGCUAAACACCACAGCAAUACACACUGGAGAGAGACCUUAUAGUGUGAUCAGUGUGGAAGAGCUUCAAUCAGUCAGUCACCUGACAACACACCAACUAACACACACUGGAGAGAAACCUUAUAGUUGUGAUCAGUGUGGGAAGAGCUUUGCUGUAGCUUCCAGCCUGAUUAGACACCAGGUAAUACACACUGGAGAGAGAACUUAUGUCUGUCUAUGUGGGAAGAGCUUUGCUCUAGCUUCCUACCUAACUACACAUCAGCGAACACACACUGGAGAGAAACCUUAUAGCUGUGAUCAGUGUGGAAAGAGCUUUGCUGUAUUAGGAAAACUAACUAGACACCAGCGAACACACACAGGAGAGAAGCCUUAUAGCUGUGAUCAUUGUUGGAAGAGCUUCAAUCAGUCAGUCAACCUGACAACACACCAACUAACACACACUGGAGAGAAGCCUUAUAGCUGUGAUCAGUGUGGGAAGAGCUUUGCUGCAGCUUCCACCCUGAAUCGACACCAUCGAACACACACAGGAGAGAAGCCUUACAAGUGUGAUAAUUGUGGAAAGAGCUUCAGUCAAUCAGGGAGCCUGAAUUCACACCAGCGAACACACACUGGAGAGAAACUCUAUGUCUGCCUGUGUAGAAAGAGCUUUACUCAUUUAGGGUAUAUUAGAAAACACCAAAAAGCUAAAAUGUGCCAUAUUUCAUCUCAGUCCUAUCCGACACCGGUUCCAGAUCCCUAAAUAAAGGAUCAGUAGAAAACAUCCAGUGAACAGUCAUAUCCAUCUCCCAUUCUUAAACAGUUGAUUUAGUCUGAUCACCAUGGUAACCUCUGGAGCAUAAUAUGCAGCUCUGAUCUAGGAUCAGGUCUCCAUUGUGUCUAUGUAAUAUCACACAUUGAUCUAAAUGGAUAAAUGUUAUCAUAGGAAAUGUUA